AUGGAAGGUCCAGAAGUGGGAGACGUCGGCCCCAAAGACAACGACAUCAGAAAGAUCCUGUCACAGCUGAACCAGGAGCUGCAGGAGAUGGAAGAGAUGUUUGAGGACAACAUAAUUCACGGACAGACGGACUUCCAACCACCCACCUGGUCCAGCAGCGAGGUCCAGACUCAGGCCUGGUCCAGCAGCGAGGUCCAGACACAGACACAGGCCUGGUCCAACUGCGAGGUCCAGACUCAAGCCUUGUCCACCUGCGAGGUUCAGACUCAAGCCUUGUCCACCUGCGAGGUCCAGACUCAGGCCUUGUCCACCUGUGAGGUCCAGACUCAGGCCUUGUCCACCUGUGAGGUCCAGACUCAAGCCUUGUCCACCUGCGAGGUCCAGACUCAGGCCUUGUCCACCUGUGAGGUCCAGACUCAGGCCUUGUCCACCUGUGAGGUCCAGACUCAAGCCUUGUCCACCUGCGAGGUCCAGACUCAGGCCUUGUCCACCUGCGAGGUCCAGACUCAGGCCUUGUCCACCUGCGAGGUCCAGACUCAGGCCUGGUCCACCUGUGAGGUCCAAACACAGACUCAGGCCUGGUCCACCUGUGAGGUCCAAACACAGACUCAGGCCUGGUCCACCUGCGAGGUCCAGACACAGACUCAGGCCUGGUCCACCUGCGAGGUCCAGACACAGACUCAGGCCAGGUCCACCUGCGAGGUCCAGACUCAGACAGUCAACCUGCCAGACUCCGAAAGCUGGUAUGAGGAAUUUGAGAUUGUGCUGAGGUGUAUGCAAGUCAAAGAGGCCAAGUUUAACGCAGAGUUGGAGCUAGCAAGAGAAAGGUUAGCAAAGAAGGAGAAAGAGAAUCAGGAGGUUUGUGAGAAACUGAUGCAGCUGCAAACUCUGAACCUCAGGCUGGAGAAAGAUCUGGAAAAAGCCAACGACAACUCAUAUAAACAUGAGUCUGAACGUCAGGAGGCUUGUGAGAAGUUGAAAGAGCUGCAACUCUCACACGAGAAAGAGCUUCAAGAAAACUUUGAAGAGCUCAGGGUUUUAAAGCAGUCUUUGGAAGAGGGGGACUCAGUUGGAAAAAGUUCAGAGAAUCAGAUCAGUGAGAAUGCGAAACAAAGCCAGAAGAUUGAGAUGCUAGAACGGCAACUUCAGGAGUUCGAAGAGUUGAGAGAGGAGUUUUCUUGGUCUGUUUGGCAGAAUCAAAACCUGGAGAAAGAGCUGCAACUUUUACAGAUGAAAGUGGAAACGCAGUGUGAAGACCAGGUCUCAGUUGGCAAAAAAACACAGAGUUCAGCUGAGAAGAAGAUUGAGAUGCUUGAACGCCAACUGAAGGAGUUCGAGGACGUAAAACAGGAGUAUAUUUGGUGUGUGGAGCAGAAUCAACGUCUGGAGAAGGAGCUGGAACAAGCCAAAGAAACCUCACGGAAACAUGAGGCCGAACAUAAGGAGGCUUGUGAGAAAUUGAUGGAGCUAAAACUGCUACAGACAAAAGCGUUCGACAAUCACCUCGAGGAGUUGAGCGUUUUCAAGGAGGGCUUUGAACAACAGGUGGAAGCUCGCAGACGUUUGGAGCAACAAGUAAGCAAGGUCGCACCCCAGGAAAAGCCGUCUGUGUGUGAAACGCAGACGCAAACGGUAGCUAGCGCGGAGAAGCUAACAGAUCUAAAAGCCGUGAAGGUUGAGACCUCUACUUCCAAUGUACCAACGCAGAAUCUGGAUAAAACGACAAGGGCCUUAUUUGAGAAACCACAGACGAGUGCAGAGGAGUCCAGACCUCAGAGUCGGAAGGAUGACUGCACAGAGCUCAAGCGAAAUGUGAAAAAUUUAACAGGAUUAUUUGAAAGUAAACUUGAGCAGGACAUGCAGAAGCAGAGGCUGCAGAGGAACCGGGUCAAGGGGAAGAGCGUUUCGGCUCUGAUGAAAAAGUUUUAG